UCGUAAAGCAGAUAUUUAACAAAGCAUACAAAAGUGGGAAAGAUCCAUAUCUCGCUAUGCUCGAGUAUAGAAAUACCCCGAUAAGCGGACUGCUUUAUUCGCCAUCACAACUGCUGAUGAGUAGAAGACUCAGGGACAUCAUUCCAACUGAUCCCAAACUAUUGAAACCAUCGGUAGAUGAAAAUGCAGAGACAUUACUCAACGAACGACAGAGGAAAAGCAAAGUGAAAUACGAUUCAAAAGCAAGGUUACCUAAAGACUACUCUGUCGGGGAGAAGGUGAGAGUUCGUCUAGGACAAACAUGGCAGAAAGCAGUCGUCAUUAAGAAACAUCCAUCACCCAGAUCUUACAUCAUAAAGACAAAUGAUGGGAAAACAUACAGACGAAAUCAACGGUUUUUAAACAAGAGCUACGAAGAAGACAUCUCUGGGUACUAUGACACCGACGAAGACAAUGAACAGCAAACUGUUAGAACAAACGAAAUAGACAAUUAUAAACCAACAUCUAGAGAACUUGCUGUGCCGGUCAAGACAACCAGAAGUGGUCGAGUUGUCAAAAUUCCUUGUAAAUAUAAGUAUUAAGAACUUUAAAAGGAAGGAUGUGAUAAUAGCUUCAAAAGGAAGGAUGUGCUAAUAUUAGAAGAUAUUACGUCAUUGUUUGUUGUUUAUGUUUUAUGCGAAAGCAAAGAAUCGGACGGAAAUAAAAGUUAGUUAUAUAGAAUCAUUAUAGAUCUAUGUCUACCUUGAUAAAGACAGUCUCGUUAUUAUCAUUAUUAAUUAGUAACGUCUACAGUAAAUUAUUAUUAAUCUGUGACAACAGAACAUCAUCUAUUAAAUUAAUAUUAGCCUAUUAAUACAAGUUUGAAGCCGGAAAAGUUUGAUUUCUAUACGAAAUUCUACCCAAGAGAAUGAUCGUAUUUAUGACAGCCACAAUAGCUUGUGCCUACAUUUAGUAAGAAGUUACAGCUCCUCUCACAUAUCAUACAUGUAACAUGAGAAUGACUUUCUGACGGAAAACUUCUGACUAUUAUGGGGAAAACAUUUUUUUUUUCUUCUACGAAGUUACUAGAUCUAUAUAACAGUUUGAUAACCACUGCGUAUUUACCCCGUUUAACCUGCUAACCUGGACAGCUUCCGUUUGCCGGUGAUUGUUUAUCGAAACAUUGAAUGCACCUUGUGCGAGUGUCUGGCUAUAGAAUAUCAACACCAACACAUAGUGACAUAGCAGAUGUUCCUUCAGAGUUGAAAUAAAUGAAGAUAAUCUACUUCCUAGGCGAAAUCUCUGCAAGAUGACGGGGAUGGCAGUGAACAGUUUUUCAGAUAUCCCUUAGCGGAAAUGCCAAAAGUAAGCUAUCUCUCCAAUGUUCACUGGACCUGACAGACAAUCAAGGAUUGAAAUCACUGAAUCCAAAUUUAGUUGCAGCCAAAGUGAGCGAAAGUAUGAAAAAUGUUAUGAAUCAAGAAAGACCUUCAGUUAAGACCAAGGAAGUGAUUACAGUUAACACAAGUCUGGACCUGGACACAUUCUCAAAGCUCUUACCUUUCUUGCGAUGUUACUUUGUGAAUUCUCCGGUGAAUGAAGAAAACAAACUAAAUGUGGAGGACCAAGCCUCAAAAACUACUAGACUUAUCAAGACUACAAAUCCAAUUUAUUCAACUAAUGCUGAUGCCUCAAACACAACCAGACUUAACCAGACCACUGACCCAACCUAUUCAACUAAUGCUGAUGCCUCAAACACAACCAGACUUAACGAGACCACUGACCCAACCUAUUCAACUAAUGCUGAUGGCUCAAUGGAAAAAAAAAUCCUAAUGGUCAUUUCAAUUUGCUCAACUUUCUUGAUUGCUGUUGCAUUGGUUUGUACUAGCAAUUUAAUUUACAUUUGGAAAAGAGUAUUCAAUGUCGGUUCAGGCUCCUCAACAGCUGUUCAAUUUUGUAUUCAAAGCAAUGCUGUGGUCUGCACCUCCAAUGCUGCUGAAGAAAUAGAGAUUGCGAACAGUACAGAAGAAAACCAUGUUUAUGACUCAGUAAUAUAAACAGGAUAUCAGACCUUCCAGCCCACGACUUCAGAGGACCUAACUGAAACGAUUAAUUCAAAUGCUACAAGUAUUUCUGACCUAAGUAUCCAGCCUGAAACUUCGGAGAGCCUAACUGAAAGUAUCCCAACCAGUAUUGCUGACCAAACU